GCUGCGCUUCCGAGUUCCCGGUUCCAGGUGGUACAAGCAUUGCCGUGGUGGCACAAUGCUCCCAAAGAGGAGCAUGGCCAUGGCUCUACGCUUCCGAGCUGGGCCUCGCAUUGCUUGCGCUCACAACCCGACGUCCAUCGCUGCCGCGGCUUCUUCCUGUGCCGCCUCGACCGGACGGCACCAGAGCCUGAGGAGCCUGCGCAGAACGCAGCACCACGGAAGAGGCGGAAGCGGCGCCGGCCGGACCGCGCGGAGAAGACGGCGGACGUCGGCGGCAGAGUUCGACCACCGAGUGAAGCUCCGAAGGUCCAGGCCAAGAAGAGCAAGAAGGGCAAGGCUUUGGGUCUUCGCAUUCACAGCGCCUGGGCGCGCCUGUUGCGAACGGGGCCCCUCCGUGUGGGGGCGGGCAAAUAUGACAGUCCCAUGGAGUGUUUGGGUGUUGUUUUUCUUUGUGUGUGCUGUUUAGUUCCUCUCCUCCCGCAGGGCCUUGGAUUUUGCCGUGGGGGGAGCUCAUUUCCGCAAAGGGCAAAGGGGGCCCCUCGCUGA